GCUUUGCGUUUGCGCGACCAGUUUCGCAGAGUCCUGAGUCCUAAGAGCAGCAGCGACAGCAUGGGGGAAACGGACACAAGAGGAAUACUGAGUUGAUUAAUUCGUGGGCGUGCCUGCCAGGGCUCGCAAGCAUGGUUGUCGGCGAACUCCCGCCAUCGACGUUCAUCGCGUACGUAAUCGAGCAUCUCGCUAGACCCACAAUCGCUACGAGCUGUCCCCGUAGCCAUUUCGGCUCAAACCGCGGGCAAAAUAGUCGCGAGAGUCCCCGCGAUCUCGCGGCCCAGGGCGUUCGGGUCAUGGGCGGCACGGGCAAAGGCGGCAGCAAGGGGAAGCCGGCCGCAAAGGGCAGAUCUCCGAGUCCGCCACCAGCGGAGCAGCGCAGCGGAAGUCCGCCGCCGCGCGGCUCCUCGGACCCUCCGGCGCCUGAGGGCGUGGCGCCCCAGGAUGUCUCAAUGCGGGCGAAGAUUUGCUACAACUUCCUUGCCUUCUUCGCCUACUGGUUCGGCGCCGCGCGUUUUGACAUGGACGGUGAUGGUGAUUUCGACGCAGCGGACGUGCAGGCCAUGAUGAACAGAGGGAGUUCGGCGAUCUUCCUCAACUUCUCGCGGCCAGUCACAAGCAAGAAGGCGAAGGAAGCGCGCCGAAAGAAGGUUGAGGCGAAGAGGAGGCAGAGAGCAGGUCAGAGUAUCGGUGACAAGGUCGAUGGCAUCUUCGACGCUGACGUCGAGGAGGAGGCCCAGGAGGACGAGAUCAUGGACAACCUAAGGCAGUACUGGCCCUGGUUCACCAUCCUUGAGUUUCUCUUGUGCCUCGGCUUCUGGGGCGUGAACGCGUUCAACACGAGGGCCUACUCAUUACUGCAGUGGGACAAGGUUAUCACAGACGACCUUAAACUGAUACAGUUUCGCAAGGAUGACCCGAACGAUCAGCUGUUCCUUGACGAUUGCACGAAAGAGUGCAGCGGUGCCGACGAGACGUGCGUGGGCAUCGGCUGGAAGAAUGGGCCGUGGCCCGAGUGCUUCCUGCUGAGCUCGCUGCCAGAAACAGACUUCACAUAUCUGCCCUGCCAGAAAGACGCGUGGGGCUGGCGUACCUACAUGAAGAAGACGUGGACCCCCUUCGACAUGUUCUUCACGAAGGGAGGCCUAGAGUCCAUCUGGCCCGGGUUCACCACCCUGACCGCCUACAGCUACUGCCAUGAGGGCUACGACAUCAGCUUCCUGUGGAGAUGGUGGAGCUACCAGUUCACGCACGGCAGCAUCACUCACGUUGGCGCCAACUGUUUCAUGUUGCUCAUGCUCGGCAUUCCCUUGGAGGGCUGGCAGGGAACAGGCAUGUUCGCUGUCAUGUGGACCAUCGGGGUUCUAGGCGGAGCCCUCUGCUGGGCGCUCUUCGACCCCUACACCACCUCGUACGGCGCCUCCGGAGGAUGCUACUCCCUGCUCGGCAUGCACGCCGCAGACCUGAUUCAAAAUUGGGGCGACAAGAAGUGGCGCUUUGGUACAAUUUUCAUUAUGCUUCUGGUCGCCGGUGUGGAGUCGGCCGCCUUCUGGUCUUCGCGUGACGAGGAGAGUUCUACGGCUCACACUGUGCAUAUUGGUGGCAUCGUCGCUGGGCUCCUCAUCAUCUUCACGACCGGCCGCAACGACCACUGGAAGGUUUGGGAAUACGUGUGCUCCGCGAUGGCCUGGGCCGUGGCAGCCAUCCUCGUCAUCGGGAGCAUUUCCUUCUGGUUCUUCUUCAACGAGCACCCCGGCAUCGCCAGCUUGUGGAAGCCGCUGACUGGCCAGACCAUGGAGCGCCCCUUCUGUUGGAUCGGGUAUGUGUGCAUCGGCGAUAGUGGCAACCACUGUCCGCUGAUAGACGACAUUAACGAUUACACGACGAGCUACACGAAUACGUUGAGGCAGUGCGUCAUGUGCGACACAAGGGAAUGCGUGGAGGGUUGGUACAGCGACACCUACGAGGUCACCACCGCAGGGGUGACCACUGAGCACUACAAGUAUUGCCCGACUGAGGCGUCGCGCAGCUAUUGCACCUUCACCACCGACGACAGCUUCGACCUGUGGUACCCUCCGACCAAGAGCGCGUACCAGCUCACUGACACGCCUGCGCCGUCACCUGCACCGACGCCUUCACCGACGCCGACGUGAAUGGUUGACCAGCAGGCAUCUCUGCCCUGCGCGUCGCCACAAUUUGUCGGCGUCAUUUGUCCUUCGGGAGGGGCUGUUGUGGAUGAGCCAGGGGGGAUGAGCGAUUGGGAAAAAGGUCGGCUCGGCGGCGCGCAGCAAAGUGGCAGGGCCAAGGCGGCCUUUUAAAAGGCCCCCCACCCCUCCUCUGGGAGGGUGAGGGGCGCGCAGUUUGUUUGGAUGUCGAUUGCUUCCAAGUGGCCCCCUCAUCCCGGCCCCUCUCUGCUCACCGCCAAGCAUGUGCCGAAACGUGCUAAUUUGCAUGGUCCGCAUGCCCGCUGUCUUUUCGCCCGGGGAGCCCGCGGGCGCGCUGUAAAAUCUGACGCGCUCUGGGCCUCUGACUGGUGGGUCUCGCCCAGAGACGUAUCACCCAGAGACCGAGCCGAUAGGGAUGAU